CAGUUGGCAUAUGUGUCAGUACAAAGAUUUUAAAAUAAAAUAAAAGAAGUAUGCCAAUGAAUACAGGGGAGCAAGCUUGGCCUUCAAGAGAAGAACCUCUUGAACCCAAUCUACGUUUUUGAGAAGAAAGAGGAAGGGGGACGGAAAAAAAAAAAAAGGCGCACGCACGCACACGCUCUCAGAAAAAGAGAAAGGCGUAAUUAUUAAUUAAACCAAUUUACAUGGAGUAAAGCUUACAGGAAAAAAGAGAUUAGGUCCUGCAAUAAUUCACCAACAGGAGCAGUUGGCAGUAGUUAGUGUGUCUUUCUUUUUAAAAUCAUACGGGUCACUUCUCUUAGCCUGGGAAGGUAAGGGAAGAAGCAAAGACUCAGUUUCUCCGUUUCCUCUUUCUAGCUUAGUAGCUCCUGGUCUUGUCUGCAAUCUAUAAAAGUUCGAUUUUUAUGCUCCCUCAGAUGUUUAUGCUAUUACCCAUUUGGUGAAAUUGGGAUUUUUCUUGUCGAAAUUAAUCGAGCAUUCGAUGCCCCUGGUGAUACGAUCAGACACACCAGUAUAGUAUGCUAUAGGGCCUGUGUUGAACCCUGCCCCAUUCACUAGUCACAGCAUUGAUUUGAUUAGGAUUUGAUGCCUCCGGUCCUUGCUGCUCCUCUUAGAUUCCCAUCCCACUAUUUAUAUUAGAGUUUCCGCAGCUUCUCUUUCCUCUCCUGUCUUUAAAUCAAAACCAAAGAUACUGCUGUUUCUUCGUUCGGAUUUCCAUUGACAAAGAAUCUCCUACUGGGUCGAAAAGACUCAAGAUUGCUCACAUCAAUCACACUGGUGUUUGAAGGAAUGGAGAAAUGGAAAUCAUAGUUGUUUAGCGGGCAAAGGAGAAAAGGGAAUCUGCUUUAUUGGGAGUUUGAUGAGCUGUUAGCUAAUCCCAUUGUUUGUCUACGUCCGCUUUAUGCUCUGAAAGGUUCACUUUCCUGUGUGAGGGGGAGCAUUUUCCCCUUUUCUGAGCAUUAUAGUUGUUUUGAUCCUAGGGUUCCUGAAGCAAGAGAGGUAACUAGCUGGUGACGACUACAUUAUAUUCUUUUUACUUUGCGUAUAUGCUACAUUGAGAGUGAGGUUGUUUCUUUUACUUUAACUUCCUCUCAGUCCUAUAAAGCUGCCAACCCUGUUUUGUUCUUUGUUGAGUGCUGCAAGAUAUCUCCUCCGAGCUUAGUCAAAAUUCGCCUUACCCUUUAAAUCAUGAUUUUGUUUACUUCUUCACGGUUAUUUCUAUCUGCUGCUCGUUGAGUCAGGAUUCAGCUAUUGUAUUGAUCAUUAGUUAAAGAGUUCUAGGAGUUUAGCAGUUUAAUCCAGGAGAUGGGUGGUCAUGAAAAUGCCAUGGGGUUUCAACAUGGACGAGAGACAAUCCUGAAUUGCCCGUCAUCAGGUUUGAGCACCAGUGUCUCUGAAAUCGCAGUUAGCUCUGUGUCUAUGCCCAAGCCUCCUGUUGUGACUAAUCCUUUUCUUGGGUCUUCUUCCACCUGGGAUCCUCUUGUUUCCCUGAGUCAGACUCAAACUUUUGGAGGCUCUUCCAUGGUUUCUCACAGUGAGUUUGGCAGUUCAUCUUACCCUCUUGUGUUGGAAAAUCAGGGAAUGAAUAGCACCUCUCACCUUGUUCAAUAUAUGUCCGACUCUAAUUUCGCUGUUCCUUCCUAUGCAAGUGGAAGCUUCUCCGAAAUGGUUGGCUCUUUUCCCCAACAUGGGUGUUCUGAUUUAGCUAAUACAAGGUAUGGCCCAAGUUAUAACCAAAACGAGGAGGCAGCCAUGAAAAGGGCUCCAUUAAAUGGUUCACAAUCUCAGCUUGAGGAUCCAGCUCCUGACGAAGGAGCCACAGGAUCUGCACCUAAUGGAAGUAGAAGAAAACGAGGGCUUGAUCACAACCCUACGUUCAGUCCAAACAAGGUAGAUCAAGCAUUCUACUCAGUCUCAAAUGUUGAAGGGGAACCAAUGAUGGAUUCUUCUGGGAAGAGCUCCGAUGGGGCAAAAGAACAAGAUGAGAAGAAACAAAAGGUUGAGCAAAACAAUACUAGUGCAGAUUUGCGUGGUAAGCAAUCAUCAAAGCAAGCUAAAGACAACUCUCAAAGUGGAGAAGCUCCCAAAGAAAAUUUCAUUCAUGUGAGGGCUCGAAGAGGUCAGGCUACGAACAGUCAUAGCCUUGCAGAAAGGGUAAGAAGAGAGAAGAUUAGUGAGCGAAUGAGGCUGCUUCAAGAACUUGUUCCAGGAUGCAACAAGAUAACUGGGAAAGCAGUGAUGCUGGAUGAGAUUAUUAACUAUGUGCAAUCGCUGCAGCAACAGGUUGAGUUUCUCUCUAUGAAACUUGCCACCGUGAACCCAGAACUGAAUUUUGAUGUAGACCGGAUCCUAUCCAAAGAUAUUCUUCAGUCGCGCAUCGCAAAUGGGACUAUUGGUGGAUAUGGUAUGAACUCCUCUCACUCGUUCCCUGGUGGAAGUUUUCAGGGAACCCUUCCAGGACCAGGCAUACCCAACACAUCAUCACCAUUCCCUCCUUUGCCUCAGGACCCAGUGGGAGGUUGAAAACAGAGUUGUAAUGGGUGCAAGGUAUUUUGGAUUUCAUUAGAUGGGCUUUGCUUCUUCCCACAGGGGACUUCGAAUUUGCGAGCAGAAUGCACAAUUUAACUGAAGCUAAGAAAAGGUGGGGAAAUAGAGAGGGAAAAGAGGAAUAAGGGUGGAGUUGUAUAGGAUCUUUAAUACCUAACUGUUGGCUCUUCGAAUUUUUAGCAGAAGAUGACUUGUUUAGAUUCGUGCAUUAUUAUGUAUAUUGAGGAAAGGAAGAAGACAGGCUCUGGUUGGUGAAGGUGAUUAAUGAUUGUUUUCAGCUGGUGAGUUGCAAAUUAGAGAAACGUGUGAAACUUCUUUUUUUGUUUUUUUUGUAAGGGCUGCUUGCCUUCAUUGUUUUGUUCUCUGGAAGGAAAAGAUACUAAUUGUAAUGAAUUAAGAGCUUGCAUAGGAUUUGCAACACAUAAAUGGCAAGAUAUUGUCUCCGCUUUCCAGUGAGCGGCAAUGGCACGGACUAAAUUCAUGAAAUUUCAACUGACACCA